CACGAAGCGGCAGCGUCCUAACACCAAGGGGACGCGGUGGCCUCGCGUCCCGUCUAGCGAGAUGGCCGAGAACACGCUACACCUACGCCGCGGGCCGACUACCGGCCGGCUGCUCGCCAAGUUCCGCGAGCGUCUCCCCUCGCUCGAGCCUCGGCCCGGCGCCGCGCCGGACGCGACCCUCACGCGCCACGAGCCGGCCGCCGCGGGCCGGCGGACGGCGGCGCCAACCUACGCCGUCCGUGCGCCGCAAAACCGGCAGUGGGAGGGUACCCGCGAGAUGGGCGGCGGAGGCUCGUGCUAUGUGCUGCUGCGCGUCGAGCCGCCGAGCGGCCGGACGCCCCGCUCGGUGCAGGUUGUCGACGUUGGCGAGUGGGUGUCCUUCCGGCCGGCGAUCUCCUACCAGACGAUGGACAUCGACGCCGCCGAGCAGGCCCUGGCGCACAACAACUUUGCGGGGGAGCGCACGGCGGCGCGCGUGGCGGCGCUGCGCAAGGGGCGCGGCGGCACGGCGGACGAGGAGGGGGGCGUGGCGGCGGCGGCGGCGGCGAACGACGGCUUUCUGGAGGACGACCUGUUUGACGACGGCGGCGCGGUGUCGACGGUGCGCGAGUGGGAGGAGGAGGACGGGCGGGAGGGUCUCGACGUGGAGGAGGCGAUGCUGAUGGAGGACGACGACGAGGACGAGCUCUUUGAGGAAGAUGACUUGGCGGCGGCGGCGCGCGCAGAGGCGGGCAAGGCUGCGGGGCACGAGGCUGCGCGGGUGCGGCUCGGCCAGGUCGAGGAGGAGGAGGAGGAGGAGGAGGAGGAGGAGGAGGCGACCAGCGGCGAGUGGCGGCGUGCGCAAAAGAAGAUGCUGCGCGAGGAGCGGCGGAGGAGGCGCGCGGACGAGUCGGAGGACGACGACGACGACGACGACGAUGACGACGAGAGCGGCGGGAGGGAGAUGCUGCGCCGGCUGCUCGGCGAGGAGGGGCGGAGGAGCGACGCCUCGGACGGGGACGCCUCCUCUGCGGCCGGAGAAGAGGCCGCCGCCCCGGGUAGCGCCGUCCCGGGCAGCAAGCGCAAGGAGCCGGGCGACUCGGCCGACGCCUCCAAGAGGAAGCGCGCGCGGCGCUCGCCUUCGCCGCUGCCUCAGCCUGCGGUCGCCGCCGCCCCGCCCGCCGCCGCCGCGGCUGCGGCUUCUAGCGCGGCGGCGGCGGCGGCGGCGGCGGCGCAGGCGCAGCGGCUGUUAAGCGAGCGCGACGUGGUGAUGCUGCUGCACGAGAAGGGGGCCCUCGCCCUGCCCCAGCUCAUCAAGCACUUCAAGGAGGUGCUCCCUUCCUUUGGCGCCGAGGAGAAGAAGUACCUGCAGGACAUCAUCAAGAAGGUUGCCAAGCUCGACAAGCGGGCCGACGGCUCGUAUGCGGUGCUCAAGGACACGACCAUGUACGAGUACGGCUUGCGCCGGCCCUGAGGGGGGGUCGAGGCAGGUGAGGUUGGGAGGGGCGUCUGCUGCCACCGCCUCGCCGAGUGCCUGCUCGGCGAGAUCACGGCCUGACGCCUCGCACCGUGCGACUCGCACACCGUGCAUCUCGCCGGUGUACGGCUUUAGCCCAUAGCCGUGCGACUGCGAGGUGCGAGGGCUCCGCGACGACGAACUUGUUGCGAUGUGCCGAUAAUGUGGCUGAAAAGGUUUCAUGGAGUUGCUCUGUCAGUUGAGAGUUGUCGUAUUGGACUCGACAGGUUCUGCACACAAAA